AUGCCUCACAGUGAGCUGCAUCUUGAAGUCUCCCAGGUCUUCGUAUACCCGAUCAAGUCAUGCCGCGGCAUCUCCCUUCCGUCUGCUCGACUGGGCGAUACAGGUUUCGCUCAUGACAGGCAGUUCAUGAUUGUUCGUGUCAUGCCUAAUGGCACCUACAACAUGUGUACAAUGCGAGAUACGCCUAGGAUGGCUUGGAUCCACACGGCUCUCGAGGUUGAGGAUGGGGUGGAGAUACUGGUGAUCCAGGUGGAGGGUGCGGAUGAUUUUGUUACGAUCCCUAUGUUCCCAAGUGCCAAAUACCUUGCGCAUUGUCCUAUCAUCGAUACGAAGGUCUGGGCAGCACCUGUGGAUGCUUACGAGAUGCCAACCGUUUGCUCCGAAUACCUAUCAGAAUUCCUCGGAUUCGAAUGCAAGCUCGUUUAUCGAGGUCCAACAGAGCGACCAGUUAGGGGGAAUCUGCCUCCAUCUUCUGCGGAUAACGCGAAACCAAUCGUUGCUUAUGCGGAUGGGCAGCCUUUCCUUAUCGCAACGGAGGAAAGCUUCGAGGACUUGAAUUCACGGUUACCUCAGCUGUUGCCUAGCAUCAUCCGGUUUCGCCCAAAUAUCGUUCUGAAGGGUGUACCAAGAGCAUGGGCGGAGGACGACUGGACGAAAAUUAGGAUCGGUGGCACGGUUUUUCACCUCACUUCGCGGUGUCCGCGUUGUCGGUUGCCGAACUUGGACCUCGAAACUGCGGUGCCCGACGAGGCACAACCGUAUAAGACGCUGCAAGGAUUUAGGAGGAUUGAUCCGGGCUCAAAGUACACGCCAUGCUUUGGUAUGAACGCGGUUGCCAAUGCUUUCGAUGGCGAGAUCGCGGUGGGGGACAAGGCGGAGGUGCUAUCUCUGGGCGAGCAUUUCUACAUGAAGCCGCAAGUGUAG